GUUUGUUUAUCAAAACUCUCCAAAAACCUCAGACCUGCACUCAACUUUGCCUUUUGACUGCCGAGGUCGAGUCUGAGCGCGUUGUUGCUUUUUUUCAAAAUCGCACUCUGCACUCUGGAUUGUGUGACUGUCGGGAUAUCGGUCGCGAACGAGCAGCCGGGCAAUCGGACGUCCGCACAGCGUAUCGCGCAUCAUUCGCUCACAUUGCAAUGCCAGCAUCAUCAGCCAUGGCAGACAGCAUCAUUGAAGCGACGUCCCCUUCGUCGUAUUCCGAGCUGACUGCCACUGAGCAGAGUGAGCCGAGUGAGCAGAGUGAGCAGCAGAGUGAGUCAGCGUCGGCGUUACGUCCCACGCUGGUCAGCCGCAAGCACUCGUCGACCGCGAGCACAACCGACGCACAACCAUCAUCAUCAUCAUCAUCAUCAUCAUCAUCAUCAUCAACAGCUUCAUCAACAGCUUCAGCUUCAGCAGUGUUCAUGGACCAGACCAUCGGAGCGGCGACCAACCACGACACGGCGACCCCACACGAGCCAGGCGACGACCGCGGCGACAGCCUCGGCGACCACGCUGCCGGCGCAAUCGUGACCACCCGGCCAACGGAUUGUCCAAGCAAUCCCACCAGGGACAGCCCGCCGCUGGACGCGAGCGCGGUGCUGCCUCGACCGCUCGGUGCCGGUGCCAGUGCCGCUCAAGCGCCAGCAACGCCAGUCAGUCCGAACAUGGGCCAACCAGCCGUCCCUGCAAAUGCUCAAGUGCUUCAUACUACCAAGAUGAGCGAGGCUGUGUGGCAGCAGCCGUUUGUCGCGACGCCGCCAAAUCACUCGCCACUGACCAAGUUACACGCUGUGCACGAGCCGGUGCCGCCAGUGCAACCAUUGUCAGGAAGAUCGUCGCCAUCCUCAAGUGCUCGUACUGGAGUAUUACCACGACAGGCAUCAUCGUCAUCAUCACCAUCAUCAUCAUCAUCGGACGUCGAGCAGCAACCCAAAGCAACAACCCCCUCACCAUCCUCAAGACUGCGCAUCGACCAUCGAAUGUGGCUGCAACGCGCAGAGAUGGCCGAGCACGAGCGUCUGGAACGCCAGCGAAGGCAGCUGUCGUUUGUUGGGCGCACGCUGCUGGUCAAGGAGCGGCUCAUGAUCACCCGCAUCGACUCGUCCAUCCGCAAGAACAUUCCGUUCAACACCCGCAUCGCCGCCGUCCGUGCGGUGACGUCGACGCGCUUUGGCCGGGUGCAUCAUUCCUACGUCAUCUCUGUCCAGAGCGAGUUUGGCGUUUGGCACGUCGCUCGGCGCUACUCUGAAUUCCGGGUUCUGUACAACCACAUUAGCGUGGCCCAUCCCGAGCUCAAUCUUCCCGAAUUCCCCGCCAAGAGCCUGUGGGGCUCUCGCUCGGAGGCUGUUGUGGAGCAGCGGCGCACCGACUUUGAAGCGCUCCUCAGCGUCUUGAUAUUCUCGUCCGCGGCCAUGCAGGACGAAGCCUUCUGGCGCUUCCUCGAUGUGAAUCCGCUGUUCUGCAUGGUUGACGGCAAAACCUACAGCGAGCUGACUGAGGUUGCUUGUGACAAGUCCUUCGACCAGAUCGACGAUCGGCUGCUCGACAAUGGUGGCGCCAACUUGCCUGCCUUCCCUCCGACGCACUCCCAAUCGGCGUCUGAAAUCCCAACGUUCCUCGCCAGCAAUGGGCCUGGAUCACCCGUCUUCUCCACUGCGACAGACCCAGAUUCAGAGCGCGGUGCGGUCUCACGAGAGCUGUUGCACGUUGCGAGCGUCGAUGGACCGCCUUCCUCCAACCGUUCAGGGACUUUGGCAUCCGCCACAACCACCCACACCAAAUGGAUUGAGCUCAGUCAUGAACAAGUCGCGUGCAUUGAUGCCACGCGAAAUGCUCGGCUUCUCGUUUCGUUUGUCGACAUGCUCUGUGCGGCCGCCGCGGCCUUGACUGUCUCACUCCCUGGCGACGAGGACGGGAAUCCAGUUGGCUUGGCGACCGAGGAGAAUGAGACUGCAGAGUACUUUGUGGUGGAGCCCGAUGCAACAGACUCGGCUGCUGCUUCUAACAAGGUUGAUUCUUCCAACGACAACGACGAGCAUGGAGGCGAGCCAUUGGACGCUCGCUCGCUCCUCUCAGCAGACAUUUAUUCUGCCGACGAGGAGGGAUCGUCAAGCUUUGAUGGCUAUGUCGGCAUGACGACUGCCGAGAACGAACCCCUGCCGCCUCUGCAAGAGUUUGCAAUGACGCUGCUGGGAAGCAACGAGUCUCAAAUCUCGCUCAUGACAGUCACGCUGGCGUACGUCUACCUCUGCCGCUUGCGAGAUCGAGUCCAUCGAGGCCAAAUCCAACGCAUACAAGCUUCGCCACAUCUCGCCCUCCUGGUCGCCCUCGCUCUGGCCAGCAAAAUGUAUGAAGACAUCUCCCUUCCCGUGUGCAACUACUGGUUUUUGCCCGAGCAUGUUUGCGCCAUGGAGCGCUUGAUUCUGGUCCUGUUCUCGUUCAACCUUUACGUUUCGCCGCGCGACUAUGCCGAGGCCGCGUUGACCGUCGAGAAGCGCGUAACGCAACUGUCGCAAGGAGCCAACUUCCAACCGCGUCCGGCACAGUACACUCAUUUGGUGCGAAAGAGCGCGCCGAGCUCCCCGGCCAUUCAACCCGCUCGGCUUCCCGCCAGCAGCAGUACACCCAACGAUUUGAGUAUUUAAGCCAGCAGUGUGGUUGUGCUUGAUUCUGCGAGAGUGGCUUCAAAAGCAAGCUUGACGUGAAAAAUCCAUUGCCUUUUGCCACUAUUGUCGUCCGUUUCCCCCCCCCCCCGCUCGUCCGCUGCUGCAUUAUUUUGCGUUUGUUUUUUGUCAAUCUUAAUAGUAACG